GAGAGCGCCAGACCAUUUUGGCUUCAUUCACCACUGAGCAACUCUCAUAGGAAUGAACGGGACCGGAACAUGAAAAACAGUCUUUGAAAUAGUGCGUGACGUCUGGACACUGUCGCUACCGUAGACUGUCUAUAGAAAGGUCGCAUUAACUUACAUUUCAUUCUGCUCCCUAAGUUCAUGUCAUAGUGUGAGUCUAUAAGCUAUGCUAGGCUAGCAGUGCGCAUGUAGCUGCAUACAGCGAGGUCGCAGUAUGUUGAGGCUCUGGGUAAGGUCGGAGUUCCGGAGAGCGAAGGUCCUCUGUGCCUCCAGAGCUGUCAGUGUCAGAUGCAACGGAGCCUGCAGCAAUGCUUCAGCCAGGGAAUGGGUGAGACCCAGCGGGGCUCUCACGGGUUUAAAGGCUUUCAACAGCCUGACCAAGCAGAAAGAGCCUCUGAUCCUGGCCAGAGAGGGAGUAGCUACUUGGUAUAGCUGUGGACCAACCGUAUACGACCAUGCACACCUGGGCCAUGCAUGCUCAUAUGUCAGGUUUGAUAUCCUGCAGAGGAUCCUAACCAGGUUGUUUGGAAUCACUGUGAUCCAUGCCAUGGUCAUCACCGACGUGGAUGAUAAAAUCAUCAAAAGAAGCUGGGAGGAAAAUGUUUCUCCAAACGUGUUGGCUUCAAUCUAUGAGGAUGAAUUCAAGAGGGAUAUGCUUUCUUUAAAGGUGAUUCCUCCUGCGGUGUAUUUAAGAGUCACUGAGAAUGUGCAUCAUAUUGUUGCGUUUAUCGACGGGAUCAUUAGAAAUGGACAUGCUUAUGCCACAAAAGAAGGUGACGUGUAUUUUGACAUCCAGUCCAUUGGGGGUCGUUAUGGCAAGUUUGUAGGAGCAGUGGAUCCUCAGGGAGAACCUGGCAGCACAACUAAACGAGACUCCAGGGAUUUUGCUCUCUGGAAGAGGUCCAAACCUCAGGAGCCGUUCUGGGAGUCUCCGUGGGGCAGAGGGAGACCCGGCUGGCACAUCGAGUGCUCCACCAUCGCCAGCUCAGUGUUUGGCAGCCAGCUGGAUAUCCACUCCGGAGGGAUCGACCUGGCCUUUCCUCACCAUGAGAACGAGAUCGCUCAAAGUGAAGCCUACCAUCAGUGCGGACAGUGGGCAAACUACUUCCUCCACUCAGGACACUUACACCUGAAAGGCAGUGAAGAGAAGAUGUCAAAGUCUUUGAAGAACUAUGUCAGCAUCAAGGAUUUCCUGCAGUCCUACUCUGCCAACGAGUUCAGGAUGUUCUGUCUUCUGUCCAAAUACAGAUCAGCCAUAGACUACAGCCACAGCAGCAUGGUGGAGGCCCGCAUCGCCCUGGGAACCAUCUCCACCUUCAUGCAGGACGCUAAGGCCUACAUGAAGGGCCAGCUGCAAUGCACGCCUGUACAGGAAGCAGCUCUCUGGGACAGGUUGGCUGAUACUAAAUCCAGCGUGCUGAAAGCCCUGGCAGACGACUUCGACACCCCGAGAGCCGUCAGCGCUGUGAUGAACCUGGUCCAUCACGGAAACUGCCAACUGCAGCCUGUUUCCACGUGUGAGGGCGUGGCUCGGAGCCCUGCAGUGUUUGGAGCGAUGAUCAGCUACAUCACAGAGAUCUUGGAUGUGUUCGGGGUCGAUCUGCUGCACACUAAGCAGGGAGACGUGGGGACCAGCAGUGGGAGGCUGGAGGGGGUGGUGGAACAGCUGACUCAUUUCAGAAGUGAAGUCCGAGCGUUCGCACUCGCUCGUCAGGAUGCUCCCACCAGUGGACCCCCCCACAAAGCUGCACUCUACCCAGAGAGAGGGCCCCUCCUCAGAAGUUGUGACACUCUCAGGAAGGACCUGGCCCCCCUGGGAGUGCUCAUUAAGGAUAGAGGACUCACCUCCACAUGGGAGCUAACUGAGGGGAGUGAGCGUGUCCAGGAUGAGGAGCAGGAGACCCCCAUCUGAGAGACUCACUCGCUACUUCAGGCUGGAGGACUCAAUCUUACUUCAACUGAAAGACUUUAUAAAAAAAAGAGACCAGACCAUCCGAACGGAACAGGAUAAGGGCGACAUGAGGGAAAUUAGGAUCAAAUUGGGAUGUGAACAAAAGUAGAAAAAAAAGGUUUGGACAUUUCUCAAAAUUCUGGGAUCGUUUUUUUUACUUUUGGUCAACCCCCAAAAUAGUUUUUUCUCAUGUGGCCCUAAUCCUCUUCCGUACAUCCUGAUAAGAGAAACGAACUGUCAGUGACAUGCCUGAUGUGCCUGUCACUUUUUGUAUUCAGUGCUUCAGAAGGUGCAUCUGUCAAUGUGAGCAGGAUAAUACAUUGAAUGUUCAUUAGUUGUUUUAAUAAAACAGAUUAUGAUGUGUAUGGAACACAGAA